UCUUAAGCUCCAGCCAGUCAAGCCAGGGCUAGAAAGCCAGACAGACAGCCGCCCCUUGAAGUCUCCACCUGUCUUUACAGAGCCGAGAAGAGGAGCCCAGCCUGCAGUUAGUGCUUAGGAGCAGAGACCAGCCUAGCCACCUCUGCCACAUCACCCACUACCUGCCAGCAUGGCCAACCAGCUGACUGAGGAGCAAAUCGCUGAGUUCAAGGAGGCCUUCUCUCUGUUUGACAAGGAUGGGGAUGGUUGCAUCACUACCCAGGAACUGGGCACUGUCAUGCGGUCCCUGGGUCAGAACCCCACGGAGGCUGAGCUCCAGGGCAUGGUGAAUGAAAUCGACAAGGAUGGAAAUGGCACUGUGGACUUCCCGGAGUUCCUGAGUAUGAUGUCCAGGAAGAUGAAAGACACCGACAGCGAGGAGGAGAUCCGGGAGGCCUUUCGAGUGUUCGACAAGGAUGGCAACGGCUAUGUCAGCGCCUCUGAGCUGAGGCAUGUGAUGACCAGGCUCGGGGAGAAGCUGAGUGACGAGGAGGUGGAGGAAAUGAUACAGGCAGCAGAUACAGAUGGUGAUGGGCAAGUGAACUAUGAGGAGUUUGUCCACAUGCUAGUGUCCAAGUGAGGCUGCACUAGAGGCUGCUACAGCCAGAUGCCCUGGAGGCUCCUGGGCUGCAAGCUUUGCUGGACAGCGGCUAUGCUCACUGUGGUGGGAAUCCUACUCAGGCCUUGGGUGUCUUUACCACUGGGCUCUGUUGCAUCUCAGGCAAAGUGGACUACAUCGACCAGUCUGCAUUUUACUUUCUGCAUCCUGCUUUUUCUGCCAGCUUCCCACCUGCUCACACCCCCUUGACAGGAAAUGCCUCGGGCUGAGACAGGCAUCAACUCCUCCCAGCCCUCAAGAGCUGAAGCAGAAGGGACCAUCUUUGCGUGGACAAUGAGCCAAAGGACCCAUUCUCCUAUUUUGUUUCUUACUUUUUCUUUUUUUCCUGUUUCCAACAGAAAUGAUCAUUAACAUCA